AAUCACACACACACUCUCUCUCUCUGCCUUCUGCGGUCGUGCAAUUGCGUCUGUCGGCCUCGGCUGUGGCUGCUGGGUGGGUUUUCUAGGGUUAAGCGACACGAUUGAAUAGGGCUCAGGCUCCAUUCCAUUCUCCCCCGACUCUCCCUCAAAAGCCCCCCCCUCUCUCUCUCUCGACGCGACGGAAAAAAUAGGCGCCAAUUAUUCUGCCCCGACGAGGAGCAGUUCUUUCUCUUUCUAGGGUUUCGUUGUUGAUGGUCUGAGGAGCUGGUUUUUGAUUGGUUUGUUUGGGUCGGAGAUCUUGAAGAGAUGGAAGCGUCGACGGAGCUAGAGGAGCAAUUGAGGGAAGCUGGAAACAAGCUUCUUAAGCCUCCUCCGGCGGUCGAGGAACUGCUCCCUUUACUCGAUGAAGCUGUUACUUUCCUCACGAAAGUGGAGCAAUCACCUGCUAAAUCUGUGCAUGAUGCACUUUCUCCAUUGGUCAAGGCACUGGUUGAAGAUGUGCUUUUGAAGCAUUCCAAUGUUGAUGUGAAGGUUGCACUUGCGUCUUGCUUAAGUGAGAUUACUAGAAUUACCGCACCAGAUGCCCCAUACGAUGAUGAUAAGAUGAAGGCUAUUUUUGAAUUAAUAGUCUCAUCUUUUGAGAAUUUAUAUGACGAGUCAAGCAGAUCGUUUAACAAGCGAGUCAUGAUUAUUGAGACCGUGUGCAAGGUCCGGUUAUGUGUUGUUAUGUUGGAUCUGGAGUGUGAUGAACUUAUCUCUAGGAUGUUUCAGUACUUCCUUAAGGCGAUAAGAGAAUAUCAUCCCGACCACAUCUUCUCAUCCAUGGAAUCCAUCAUGAUCAUUGUUCUUGAAGAAAGUGAAGAGAUUUCUAUGGAUCUUGUUACAAACCUAUUGGCUAGUGUUAAGAAGGAGAAUAAGGAUAUAAAGCCAACUGGUAAAAGGUUGGCGGAGUCUGUUAUUACGAAAUGUGCUGUCAGGCUUAAGCCUUAUUUCAAGCAUGCUGUAAAAUCUCAGAGCUUAUCACUGGAUGAGUACAGUAACGUUGUAACUUCUGUUAUGCAAGGGACUCCUAUUGCUGUUGAGUGUAAUAAUGAUACAUCGAAGGACCCAUUGAUGGCCGAGGAUGCCCAACAAGGGGAGUGUUCUAAAGAUGACAAUCAAGCUGCGGAUACAUCUCCAAAGUCAGCUGUGGGCAAUGAUGUGAUUGAAGGGAUUAUCACGGACUCACAAUCUUUAACAAAGUUAGGGACUCCUGAACGAGCUGAUAUUUCAAACCUGACACCUAGAUCUACCCCUGAUGAUUCACAGGCUGAAAGCACAGUGAAACCAGAGUUGGAGGUAUCCGAGCAAACCACAAAAGAUAAAGGAAGGAAGUCUAGCUCACAAUCAAACGUGGAAGAUUCUAUGGACCAGGAUCCUCUUGUUUGUCAGAUAAGUAAUAGGGAUGGGCACAGUUCAUUAGCUGAAAAUUCAGCUGAAGAACAAAAAGGUUCGGGUGAAGUUAUUACAAAUUCUCCAAUUGCUGACACAACAGUCGAGGCAGCAAAACUUUUGGAGGAAAAUGAAAGUAGUGCUCAAGUUUUUCCACACAAAACAUCUAAGGAUGAAGCUGAUAAUGUUCCUUCCUCAGACCCUAGUCUUAGCGUGCCCAAUGAAAUCCAGAAGGAGACUAUUCAGCCAAAGGAGGACGAUAACCUUGUUCAGGAAGAGUCUCAAUGCCCUGAACUUGGAUCUAAGAAUCCGUCUGAGGGAAGAAGUGAUUCAGAAUUGCAGCCAAAGGACCUUAGUACCAAGGUGCAGAAGAAGAUAUCUCUCAAGGAAGAAACUGAUUCUAUGAGGGAUGCAGAGGCAACAGGCCUGAAACAGCAAGUUGUGAAGGCUAAAGCUAAUGAUAAGAAGUUUGUUUCUUCAAAAAAGAAAGACAAACACACUAUUCAGCCAAAGGAGGAUGAUACUUCUGAAAUAGUUUCUAAGAAGCCGUCUGAUGGAAGUGAUUCAGAAUCACAGCCAAUAGAUUAUGGUACCAGAGUGCAGACAGAGGCCAAGAUAGGGACUUCUCACGGCAAGGAAUCUGGCUCCAUGAGUGAUGCAGAGGUGAAAAGCCUAAAACAGAAAGGUGAGAAGGCCAAGGCCAAUAAGAAAGUAAUUUUUUCCUCAAAGAAAAAACACAAGCAUACUACUCAACCAAAGAAGGAUGAUGUUCACGAAGAAUCAGUGUUUGCUGAAACUUCAUCUAAGAAACCAUUUGAGAAAACCAAUGAUUCAGACUCAAAUUCACAUGACCUUGAUACCAGGGUGCCGAAAGAAGCUGAUUCCAUGAGUGAUAGAGUGGUGAAAGGCCUGAAAAAGCGAGGUGGGAAGGCUAAAGCUAAUAAGAAAAAGGUUGUUUCCUCAAAGAAAAAAGGCAAGCGAUCUGUUCGGCCAAAGGAUGAUGAUAGCUUAGUUCAGAAGAAAGACAAAGCACCCAUGCCUGCUGAAAUUACAUCAAAGAAGCCACUUGAAGAAACAAGUGAUUCAGAAUCACAUGACCCUGAUACCAGGGUGCAUACAGAGACUUCGCAUGAAGAAGAAUCUGGCUCCAUGAGUGAUGCAGAGAUGAAAUGCUUGAAGGAGCGAAAAGAGAAGCCUAAAUCCAAUAAGAGAAAUGGUAUUUUUUCGAAGAAACGAGUGAUUCAGGCCAAGGAAGAUAGCAGUUUGGUUCAGGAAGAGUCUGUUGAUGCUGAAACUGCCUCUAAGACACCCCAUUCCGAAGACACUAGUGAUUCAGAAUCACUGCCACAGAAUCCUAGUACCAGGGCUCAAAAAGAAUCUUCUCAUGAGGAUGAAGCAGACUCCAUUUCUGAUACAGGGGUGGAAGACCUGAAACAGCAAGGUGUGAAGACUAAAGCUAUAAAGAGAAAGGGUGGGUCCUCUAAAAAAAAUGAUAAACCUAAAAGACGUCAGCGGGGAAAGGCUAGUAUAGAGAUUGAUGUAUCAAAGUCCUCGACAAAAGAUGAUAGGCUCAUGUUUUCAGAAGAGUCUCGUAUAAAGUGUGUUGAAGAUGAUGCUAAAGAAGGAAGCAAAAAGAAGAACACAAAGAGAAAGCGCUCUUUGGGCAAGGAAAAAGGCCUGGGGAAUCCAGAGAUAACAUAUGAUGAAAGCCUUGUUGGUUCCAGUGUUCAAGUUUUUUGGCCAUUAGAUGAUAAAUAUUACGAUGGUGUAAUAUCAUCUUUUGAUCAUGUAAAAAAUAUGCACACGGUUUUAUACACUGAUGGAGAAGUAGAAACUCUUAAUCUUAUGAAUGAAAAAUGGCACAUUGUUAGUGAAACUUUGACAGAAAAAAAGGAUUUGGACGCGCCUUCUAGUCCUGAUGUUUCUGCUGAAAUGCAGAGGCAGAAAAAGAAAAAGAGCAGAGAACUUGUUGAAACAUCAUCCAAGCACGAUGUUUCACCUAAGAGUGCUGUACCCAAGUCCCGAGGCCCGCGUACAAAAUCCAGUGGUAAAUCCAAAGUUAGUGCUAAUGUUGAGGCAAAAUCCAAAGGCCGUCCCUCAAAAUCCACCGGCAGUAAUAAAUCAAAGGAUAUGGCUGAUAACCGUCAGUCAUACGAUUCUGAUGACGAAGGGUCUGGAAAGUUGAAAGACAUAAUCGGCAGUUCCCCAAGGUCAAAGUCGGUCAAACCUGAUCCCUCUACAAAGACAGCCACCACCAAAGUCCAACAGGACACCCCAACGACAAAAGCUGCCCCCAAAUCGGAAGGCAAAGCCAAUAGCGGGACAGGCAAAUCAAAGCCUAUUUCUAAGGGGAAAGAUACAGCAGAUGGUGGGGCAAAGAGGAAGGCGACUGAGGUAACAGUAAAACCACCCUCCAAGGAAGAAAUCGAAACCAAGAGUGGUAAGAAGGGUGUAUCAUCCAAGGAAGAAGAAAUCGGGAGCAAGAGUGGAAAGAAGCGUAGGAGGAAGUAGAGAAGAGCAACGCACACCGUUUAGCAGCGCCGCCCUAAUGUAAUCGUCACCUCCAUCUUCCGCCCUUUAGGUUUCUAAUCUGGUCUCUCUCUCUCUCUCUCAAAUAUAUAUUCUAUUCACUUGAAAAUAAGUCUUUUUUUUGGGGAGUUGGCCUAGAUAUGUAUAAUGCUACAUCUUGGGGGGAGCCUAUAGCACAGCAUGGCGUUUGGUUUAGUUUAAUGGUUAGUGUCCUGUGGAUAAUUACCUUGUCUGGCCCCUGGCUUGUGUUUAUGGGGCAUUGGCUUUGUGUUAUUGUACUUUGAUUAGGGUAACUUGUUUGCUAAUGAUGUUUUUUAAAAUCAAUGUUUGUACCUUAAGAAUAGGGAUUUGGUUAAGUUUUUUCUUUCUACAUUUUUUUGUAAGGAGAUAGUACUAUUGCUGGCAAUUUCCUAGACUUGAUGUUGUGUGCCUUAUUUCUUAGGCUGUGUUUGGGUUGCCAAUGAAGUUGAUGAUUGGUGUUGUAACCCCUCCCACUACAGGGAAACCAAACAAUGGAAUUCUAUACCAACUCCAUUUUGUUCAAUCUAAACACAUCCUUAACUUCUGAUUAUGGUCGUUCUGUUAGCGUAACUUUUUUCCCAUUUUGACCACAAUCGAUAAAUGGGUUUCUCUAUA